CCCGCAUCCACCACGCUCAGAGGGCUUCGAUGGGAGGACGACCUGGGGCUGCUGCUGCCACCGGCACGACCGCGACGCAGACACCGAGCUGGCCGAGACUGAUGCUACGCGCCGCGCUUCUCCUGCUCCUCGGGGCGCAGCCGGCUCGCUGCUUGGAGAAUGGUCUCGCCAGGACACCACCCAUGGGAUGGCUGGCCUGGGAGCGUUUCCAGUGCAACAUUGACUGCAGCCGGGAACCAGAGAACUGCAUCAGUGAACGGCUGUUCAAGGAGAUGGCCGACGCACUCGUGUACGAAGGAUAUCGGGACGUUGGCUACGAGUACGUGAACAUCGACGACUGCUGGAUGAAUAAGGAACGUGACGUAGUGGGCAGGCUGCAAGCUAAUCUCACCCGAUUCCCCAACGGCAUCAAACACCUCGCAGAUUUCAUGCACGCUCGCCGCCUGAAGCUGGGGAUCUACGGCAACGUAGGAACGAAGACUUGCGCAGGCUAUGCCGGCAGCUUAGGUAACCUGUAUACGGACGCCCAGACCUUCGCCGAUUGGGAGGUGGACAUGGUCAAGAUGGACGGCUGCUACGCCAACAUACAAGACUAUCCGAGGCUGUACACGGAUUUCGGCGACGCUAUCAACCGGACUGGACGACCGAUGGUCUACUCGUGCAGUUGGCCUGCCUAUGAAGUCUCGUAUGGAGCUAGCCCAAACUACAAGUUGAUCGGCCACCACUGCAACCUGUGGAGGAACUACGUGGACAUAGCCGAUACUUGGCAGAGUGUGGAGAGUGUCAUCGACUACUAUGCCGCGAACCAGAAUGCACUGACAGCAGCAGCCGCACCGGGACGCUGGAACGACCCGGACAUGUUGGUGAUCGGCAACUUUGGCUUGAGCUAUGACCAGAGCAGGGCCCAGAUGGCGCUCUGGGCUAUAAUGGCCGCUCCUCUGCUCAUGUCUAACGAUCUGCGCCGUAUGCGCCCGGAAUUCAAGCAGAUCUUGCAGAACAGGGCCAUCAUUGCUGUGAACCAGGAUCCACUCGGCAUAAUGGGAAGGAAAAUAAGAGUGGAAGACGGUGUGGAGACGUGGAUCCGUCCGGUGACCCCCGUGGUGGGCGUGUCUGGAUACUCGUACGCGGUGGUCUUCUUCAACAGAAACAUCAUGGGCACCACUCGAGAACACAUCACGCAGCUGAGGACGCUGGGCCUCUUCCACCCGCUUGGCUACCGCGUGACUGACCUCUUCGAGAACAGGUUUUCGGGCGUGUACUUCCCCGACGAUUACCUGGCUGUACGAGUCAACCCAGCUGGUGGCGUCACCAUGGUGAAGGCGGAGGCCGUGGCACCGGCGCCUCCCGUGCGCAGGCCGUUUUCAACACCGCUUCCGAGGUUCCCACAGAGGCAAGAGCUACCCGUGGCAGGCAUCGCAAUGACGGGCCGCAGCGUGCCGCUGCCUGUGAUACCAACUCUUCCCCCUCAGACAAACGCAAACGGAAUCGGCGUCCCGUUCGAUUACAUCGUGGGCGCCGAAGCCUUGAGACGAAGGCUUCGAGUUCAUGCAGUGAGGAGCACAGGGUCCCCAAGAAGCCUCUGAAGACUGCCCUUGUCGACGUAGAGACGUUGCUUGAGGGCAUGUUCAUGAUCUCCUGGACCUUGUUGCAGCGACGGAAAAAAGUGACACCCAGCUACUGCCCAGCAGACGUCGACAGAGUGUGCAGUGGCGUGUGCCGAUAACAAAUCGAUAUCAUUGUGAUGGCUUGGUGAAGACAGGUGAAUAAUGGUGAAAGUAGGACUGAUAUUUGUUGCGAAGAAAUGCAUUCUGUUAAGUAUUACUUGAGUCAGUAAAUUUUGUGUUCCAUGUGUGCAGUUUUCGCUAACUCACCAUCCCUCCAAUCAUUAUUGAAUCUUUGUGCGUACGAUAGAUUCGAAAUGAAAGUACAUUCAAAUUUUGGAAUUAACGAAAUUUCGGAAUACGAACAGUGCGAUAUAAUGCCCUAUGGCUCUAGUCGUCUUUCCCUUGAACGGACACAUAAGUGUAGGAGUAAGUGCGGGAACAUAAACAUCAAGUUGUGUUCAGUCAUAAUGUAUAUCGCUCUGUGCUCUGUUUGCAAGCGUAGCAAACAGCAGUAUUUAGGCUGGUUACAAUUAUUUACAUUGCUCAGUUGAUACUUGAUAGGGCAGACCUGCCAAGCAUGCAGAGAAGCAACGGAAUGUCGAAAUUUUCCCCGUGAUAGGAGGAGGAGGAAGAGAGAGACAGAGAGGUUGGCCAGUUCUCAGACUGGCUGGCUACCCUGUGCUGGGGAAGGGAGUCAGGUAGAGAUCACUAAAAUAUUAGGCAGCGCUACCGUUAGACCCAAUACUCAAAAUUCCUCUACAGGAAAGUACGCACGGAUAAAUAAAGCGCGGCUGCCUGAACUCUUCCUGUAAUCAAAGCCCGUAUAUGUCAAUAAUUGUAUGAAAUACACGGAGUUUUUAUUUCUUUAGAAAAAUUAAGUCCUAUUGGACAUACUUUUUGUGCAUUUUACCCUUCGCGGGCACAUGCUAUCGGAUGUGACGCGCUUUGCUACAUAGGCGCACGGAACACGAUUUGUUUUGACACACUGUACUCGCUGCUUUCUUUGUUGCGCUUUUUUUUUUUGCGUAUUGUUGUUUUGAUUUCGAGGAGCAGCUGGCUGCCCCUUAUGCCAGUCUUGAACGUCAAGUAGAUUUCUUUUUGUUUUCAUACAAUAAAACACGCUAAAUCGAU